AUGUCCGACAGCAAACAAUCCCUCCUCUCCCAAACGGAGCCCGAAACCGACGACCCACCCCCGGCCUACACCAGCACGACCAACACCACAACUCCCAACAAACCCAACCACCAAAAACGCGCCUCCCUCCUCCCUCGCCCUCCCCCACUCUCUCUCCCAAUCCUAACCCACCUGCGCAACAAGCGCUUCAUCCUGGCCUCCGCCUCCCCCCGCCGCCGCCAAAUCCUCUCCCUCCUGUCCCUCCCCAACAUGGAAAUCAUCCCCUCCAACACGCCCGAAGACCUCCCCAAGACCCUGCCCCCCUUCGAAUACGUCCUCCAAACCGCCACCCUCAAAGCGCAAGCCGUCUACGCACAGGAAAUCGACUCGCCCAAGGGCGACCCCUUCAUUCUCGCCGCGGACACUGUCAUCGUGGAUACUUCCACCGGGAGUAUAUUAGAGAAGCCGCGCAGCGAGGCACACCACAUUGCCAUGUUGAAGGGGUUGAGAGAUGCGGGAGAACAUAAGGUGUAUACGGCGCUUGUGGCGAUGACGCCGUUAGCGAGUGCGAGGAUGCCGGGGUAUGCGUUGGAGAGUUGCUUGGAGGAGACGAAGGUGUGGUUUGAUCAGGGGGUCAGUGAUGAGGUUAUUUUGGCGUAUGUGAGGACGAGGGAGGGGGCGGAUAAGGCGGGUGGGUAUGGGAUUCAGGGACUCGGGAGUAUUCUGGUGGAUCGAAUUGAGGGAGGGUUUGAUAAUGUUGUGGGGUUGCCUUUGAAGAAGGCGUUGUGGUUGAUGGAGAAGGUGGUGGUUAGGGCGGAUGAUGAGGAUUUGUUGGAUGGGGAGGCUGGGGAUGAGGAUUUGGAGGAGAGUGAGGGGGAGUAA